AUGGCUCGCCAAAAGACGUUGCGCGAUGGCGAAGACGCAGCACGAGCGGUCGACGAAAGGUCGCCGCUGCUGUCAAAUGCUCGACGGGAGUCGAGCUCGUCAGUGGUCGGCAAUGGCUGCGUCGAUGUCGAACGAGAAGCGCACGCCGCUACCGUGGACACCAGUCCUUCGGGCAGGGGGAUCCCGACGGCGGCUGUCGUAAAGAUCGUGGCAAUCCUGCUCAUCGGGACUUUCACUGCCAAUGCUGAUGGCUCACUGGUGAUGGCGACGCACCCGACCAUUGCCUCGGAGUUCGACGACCUGGAAAAUUCGAGUUGGCUCUUCGUUGCCUUCGCGCUUGCCGGAGCGGCAACACAGACUCUGGUGGGUGUUGCCCCGAGAUUCUGGAACCUCGGGAAGCUGACGUGGAAACAGUACGGCAAGCUCAGUGACAUAUACGGGCGACGUGCCCUGCUCAUGGUGGCUUACUUGUUGUUUUCCAUUGGAUGCGCGUUGGUCGGAGUAGGCCGCACAAUGUGGCAGGUUGUUGUAGGCCGAGUGAUAUCGGGGUCUGGCGGUUCGGCUCUGAACGUGCUUGGCCUUCUCCUGAUCACAGAUCUCGUUCCGCUCCGCGAUGUGGCGGCAUGGCAAGCCGGCGUGAACCUUGCCGCGACCUUGGGACGGAGUCUUGGCGCCCCCGUGGGAGGUUGGCUUGCCGAUACCAUUGGAUGGCGAUGGUCUUUUCUUGGACAGGCGCCCAUCUUCCUCGUGGCGGUUCUGUUGUGUUGGUUCUUUCUGCCUGAGGGAAAGCCCGGUGAGAAAGAAGACGCGGCCGAAGAAACGGGCACAAAGCCGGGGGAAGCGAAGACGAGUCCCCUCGCGAAGGUCGACUUCUUGGGUGCUGCACUGUUGGCGCUGUUCCUCCUUGCUUUCCUCUUACCGAUCGAGAUUGGAGGCACCAAGGUCCCCUGGACGCACCCCCUCAUCUUUGUCUUAUUCGGCGCGGCAGCUGUUCUCGGCGGACUUUUUGGCGCAGUGGAAGAAUGGUGGGCCAAAGAACCCAUCUUCCCUCUGGAGCUCCUCAAGCACCGCGACAUCGUCCUGACGUACGUCAUCACGGGCGCCCAGGUUGCUGCUCAGCUCGGCCUCAUGUUCUCGGUGCCGCUGUACUUCCAGGUGACGCAGAGAGUCUCAAACACAAUUGCUGGUCUUCACCUUUUCCCCGCCGUUGCCGGCAACGCAAUCGGCGGCGUGCUUGCGGGAUAUCUCAUCAGAAGGACCGGACGAUACAAGUCUCUCCUCAUCGUCGCAACGAUUGCGUCGUCGUUCUCCUAUUUCCUGCUGCUCCUCCGGUGGCACGGAGACACCAACGCGUGGGAAUCGCUGUACAUCGUGCCGGGCGGCUUCGGGGCGGGCCUCGUGCAGUCAGCGGGGAUCAUCAGCGUCCAGGCUGCCGUGAACCCGAAACACAAGGCGGCUGUGACGUCGGGAAUAUUCUUGACAUUCCAAAUUGGCAUGAUUCUGGGCCUCGCGUCCGUGAGCGCGGUGAUGAUGGAGACAAUGAGGUGGAGGCUGGAUGCUCUGCUGAAGGGCAUGGACCUCGGGGCGAUGGCGAGGAAGACGAUCAUCGAGAAGGCAACAUCGAGCGUCGACUUCAUCGACCACGCCGACAGCGGAAUAGCGAAUGCGAUUGUCCAGUCCUACGUCGAGGGUCUGGGUUUCAGCCACGGCGUUUCACUCAUCUCGUCCGUGCUUGGACUCAUUGCGGCCAUAUUUCUCAGGGAACAUAAGCUGCAGUGA